GGUUUUUUUGUGUUGCCUCACCCUGACUUGUUGCUGUUUGCACUUUGUGUCAGCUGGUUUGUAGAUCCACACAGAAAAUCAUUUCAAUGCAGCAGGAUCCCGAAAACUGAGGUAUGUUUGAUUUCAUUCAUUGAAAAGAAAAGAAAGUGUUUUAUUCCCUCUGUCUUUGAAUAUAUGAGAGCUUUUAAAACACACUCCAGUAAAAUGUAAGCAUUCUGCCUUAUUUCAGAGAUUUGGUGUCUGUUAGUUCAUGUCAGGUUUGAUUUGUGUUUUGACAGAGAAACAUGGGUAAAGAAAUGGCUCUGGUUCUGUUCCUGGUGCUGCUUGUCUGUCACAAAGGAAACUCAGAGCUUCACACCAAAUGUCCGUUCAGAUGUCAGUGUUUCACUCCGGUACAAGUUCUGUGCGCCGACACGUGGAUUACAACUUUACCCAGAAACAUGUCCAGGCAGGUCACUGACUUUAUUCUGAUGACAUCCAGUGUGGCACACUUGUUCCAAAACUCUCUAGAGGAUAGCCCACAACUCACCAAACUAAUCUUCCUGAAUAAUAUCCUGAGAAGUAUUCACUCUCUGGCUUUUGUACAUCUGACCAACCUUCAGGAGCUGGAAAUCAGCGGGAACCCUCUUCUGGAUCAUUUGUAUCCGGGGACUUUUUCAGAGCAGGAGAACUUGACUAAACUGCUGCUUAACUAUAACAGUUUCAGGACAGUGCUACCCGGUAUGUUUGACUCUCUCAAGCAGCUGGAGACUCUUCAAAUAAAGGGCAACAUCAUAUCAGAUCUGCAUGCAUAUCUUUUCUUCAAGCUCAACAAUCUGCGUGUCCUGGAUUUGUCACAAAAUAAGCUGAUGGAAGUGAAAAGGGAAACGUUCACCGGACUUGAAAACCUUGAGACGCUGAAGAUUAACCACAACCUCAUCAGCAAUCUAAGCACAGACACAUUUCACAAUAUGUCUCAGUUGAUUGAGCUUCACCUAGAGGGGAAUAAGAUUUCAGAGCUCACUGAUGGUAUUUUUUUUAUGUUGACCCAACUUAAGGUGCUCAACCUUCGUGGCAACCUUCUCACAACUUUCAGUGACAGAGUUUUUGGAUUCCAGGCACCAGAAUUGAAGGAGCUGAACCUAAAAGGCAACAGACUGGCAGAGCUGUCCUCACUUAGCAGUUUGACAUCCCUUACUGACCUUAUCUUGUCCUCUAACAGGCUUUCCUACCUUCCUGAGAACACUUUUAGAAACCUCACAACCCUGGAGAACCUGGACCUGUCUGAAAACCAGCUUAGUUCUCUGCCUGAAAAUAUCUUUCAUGACCUAGUUACAAUCAAAACAAUCUUUCUUAAUGAAAACAACAUGAGCAAAGUGGAGGCCGGCUUGUUUCAGGACCAGCUGCUCAUGCAGCAGCUCUACCUGUCCAAUAACCAGCUGAAAACCAUCCCCUUUGGCCUGUUAGACCCUUUUAUCAUGCAGUACACCGUGAGACUGCACGGAAACCCCUGGAAAUGUGACUGCCACAUGUUUUAUCUGCAUGACUGGGUGCUGAAGAACAGCCUGGAAAUAGAGAUGUUGGACAGUGUGCUCUGUGACAGUCCAGGCUUCCUGAAAAGACAGACCAUCGCCUCCGUGGACAAAGACCAGCUGGUGUGUCGGGUGUCCAAAGAUAAUAUGCCUGAUUUAAGCAACUGCAGCCUUCAAGCCUCAAAUGACACAGUAACUAUCAAAUGUAAAGUGGAUAAAUCCUCUACGAUGACAGUGAAGGUUCAAUUUGAGGAGGAGGAUGGACAUACUAAGGAGCACAUUGUGACCAAUAAGUCUGGACCUUCUAAAUGUGGUGAUGAAAUGACAAUCGAGAGCCCCCUCGAGUAAUGCCGGACAUGAGAAAUACCUUGAUCUCUCUCUGUGGAAUCAAAUACUCAUCUGUGCAGUCUUUUACAUUACAUGUUCUAUCCAUGAUGGUCAAUACUGUAAACAAACCUCUGACUUAGCAGCUGAUAACCAGCUUACAUGCUGAAUGAUAAGAGGGGUGUUUGAACCCAUUUCCUACAAAGUUCAAAGUUCAGCUCACUACUUGUACAGACCCUGACAUCGCUUAAAUGGACUGAAUGACAUGUUAAUCAUCUGCUAAUAUGUUGAAUCUCAUGCAGGUAACUCUUUUUGUUUUAUUUAUGUACGCUGGCUGCAUCUGAGUGUCUUUAGACUCUUUGAAAAUCAAUAGGUUGAAGUGAAGCCAAAUAAGGUGUCUGGUGAAUGCCCUUAUGAAGGCUUUUUAUUUUCAUUUGACAGUUUCUCCUAUAAAAUGUUUUUAAAAGUAAAUUAUUUAAUUCGUAAAAAUGAUCAGUUUGAAUUGAAAGAAAAUGCAUUACUGUCUUCUGUGGUGUCUGUGUAUAGUUGGCUAAAUCACCAUAUUCACAAACCAUAGCCGUCAUUUACCUCUGGUUUGGGAGUUGAAAUGCUGCUAUAACUGCUGUUGUCUUGGUUUUCUGUCAUAUAAACGAAAUCUGAAAGUUGUUUUAA